CUCUCACAUCUCCUCCUCUCUGCUCGGGUUGUCUCAUUAGUUAAAUAAAAGUCUGGCAAAUUUCUGCCCAAUGCGCGCGCGCUGAUGUGACAUAAUGGAACGUGCCAGCCUAGAAAAGCUCGAGGCUGUGCGCGCAGGCGUGCAGUUCACCCAGAUCCUGCUCGAGACCAGAAGACCGGGCUCAGUAAAGAUAUUCUAAUCAAACAGAUCGUUGUUUCCACUCCUGUUCUUCCCGUGAGGUGAUGGGCAAAGCACCGCUGUGAGGGAGCGCCGCGUAGUUCGACUUAUUGUUUUAUUCACGGAAAUAAUGAUGAAGAAGGAUAUUAACUUGAGCCUGGCGGACGACGCAGACCUCAAGCCGCAUCUCCGCGACGCCGAGAGCCUCCUCAGCUCCCCGGACCUGGGGCUGCUCAAACUGGCCUCCCCGGAGCUGGAGAGGCUGAUCAUCCAGUCCAACGGAAUGGUCACAACGACACCGACGAUCCCCCAGUUCCUCUACCCGAAGACGGUGACGGACGAGCAGGAGUUCGCGGAGGGCUUCGUGAAGGCACUGGAGGAUUUGCACAAGCAGAAUCAGCUCAGCGGAGCCGGGCAGACGAACAGCAGCCUGGAGCUGUGCGCUAACCUCGGCCCGGUCCCCGUGCAGCCGGAUCUACCGGUGUACACCAACUUGAACAGUUACGGUAGCGGGACACUGGAAACCACCGUCAACUACUCCACGGACACGGUCCCGUUCCCACCGCCUCCGUCGCAUCAUUUGGGGGCAGCCCCGCCGCAGCCAGAGCCGUCUCGGGUCCAGCCGCUGAAGGAGGAGCCUCAGACGGUGCCCGACGUCCAGAGCUUCGGGGAGAGCCCCCCGCUGUCCCCCAUCGACAUCGAUAUCGACAUCGACAUCGACAUCGACUCACAUGACAACGUGAAAGCCGAGAGAAAGAGGCUCAGGAACCGGAUCGCAGCCUCCAAGUGUCGGAUGCGCAAACUGGAGCGGAUCUCCAGGCUGGAGGACAAGGUCAAGUCGCUGAAGAACCACAAUACGGAUCUGACCUCGACGGCGAACCUGCUCAGGGACCAGGUGGCCCACCUGAAACAGAGAGUCCUCACCCACGUCAACAGCGGCUGCCAGGUGCUGCCACACGAAGUUCAAGUGCACUAGAAACGGACCUGAAGUUGGGCUACUGACCAGCAAAUAAGCUUUACGGACUUAAUUCGUGUUCGUCGCCCAGAUGUGUGCUGAAUGAAUGAAUGCCAGGCCAGAGGCCACUUUGUACAUUAAUGAAAGACACAAGACAAUUAUACCGGGUAGAACACAAUUGAAGAUGAUGAGAGGGAUGAGACUGUGAUCGAACAGACAUUUUGAUUUGUGAAGCAAAUUUUAGGAUCCACAUUGCUCCACAUGCGCCUCCAAUCAGAGUUAAUCGUGGAAUUUUAAAACUAUUGUUCAUAGACUUUUUGCAUAUGACGAAAUUAAGAGAGUUAUCCUUUCCGUAUGUUUGAUGAAAUCCUGUUAUAUCUCGUGCAUAUGUGUGCUAGUGAACAAGGCAGCAUUACACUGCAGUGUUUAUUGGCUCUCCUGAUAAAGGAAAUGCUCAACUUUAUUGACAGAAAGCACAUCAUUCAAUUUUUUCUAUGUAAAAAUGUUAACAGACUAGCUGUGUGUAUAUAUAGUCUCAAACCUGGGCCAAACAAUAGUUCUACAGUAAUAUUAAUAUAAUACGUAUUUAUGACACAGAUAUCCUUAAUAUAUGAGGAGGUGACUGUAAGAAGAAAUGUACAUACAUCCAUAUUUAUAAUGCAAAAGAUAAUUUACAUAUAGACCAUUUACCAUUUCUGGGAACAAUGUGCAUGUUGUUUACAUACUCGAAUGUUGCUCACAGUUGGGUGUCAAAGGGUGCAAUUAUUCAGUGUGUUUAAUCUUUACUCUUUACAAACACAUGUAUUCCUCUUUUUUUUACUCUACUGUUUUCCCUAUUUCUAUGUGUUCUUGUUUUGAUGUAAAAAGUUUUAAGCUUUGUGUUGCACUAACUAUUGCUGUCACCUUCAGCCUACAGUUGUUUGGAUUUAUGCCACUGUGUUCUGAAGUAAAUGCUGCCCGGCAAUAAACACUGAUUCCUACAUUUUUGGCGAAACUCUGCAUGCAUGUUAGUAAAAUCAUAGGUCUAAGUAAGUAUGUGCAAGCCUGAACCAGCUGUUGGUGGUGGAUGGGUGGUGGAUGGGUGGUUUCGGCCUUCAGGUCCAUAGAAGGCCGUCAAAUCCGGGACAUUUGUAACCAUUCAUUUUAAGAUUGUGUUUAGUUUCAUAAAGGUAUUCAACUCAC